AUGGAGCCAGACUAUUUUGAAGUUUUACAUAACCUGAUUGAGAGCCACAACAUUACAACCGAUACUUAUGCAUUCUUUGGCAGCUUGAUAGCUGAUAGAGAUCGACAAAAUAGGUAUGGCGAACCUAUGAUUUGGAUUGGGUUCUAUAUCGCGGCGGCUUCUCUUUUCUGCAUGUUAUUAAUGCUGUUUGAUCUAUUAGAUGGCAUUGGAAACAAAAAGCUAUGGUUUCCAUGUAAGUAUUUCACUCUGAAUGCCGCUUCUCUCUCUUUGAUAGCUGUCGCAAUGAAGCUACCCGUGGAUCUAAACAAUCCAAUGGAAGGUGUUACAGACCAGAGUGUCAAGUAUGGAAGCCUGGCAUUUAUGUGCACCAUGAUGGCCAACUUAUUGCCUUCCCUAGGAUCCAUGAACGGCAAGGAACUUGUCACAAACAUCAUAGCUUUGGGUAUUUUCAUAAUCACCAUGGUCGUGAAUGUUUGCAUUCAGUUACAAACUGGUGUUCUAUAUCAUUACAGUCUAUUUCUAAAAAUUAUGGCAACCAUUGAUGUGGUUAUGUUAUUGUUUAUGCUUAUGAUAUAUACAAGUUUAGCUUUAACAAUUGUGAAGUCUAAACAAAUACUCGAGUCAAAAUACCAAGCUUGUCAUGAAAAAGCUUUGACCGAGCUAGCAGUGCAACAACCAGGAGGACUAAUGGUUGAGAAUCUAAAGAAACAUGUAAACAACCAUUGGAUCAUGGCAGCAACCGGCAGCCCCCAACUCAUGGUAGCAUGCUCUGCUACAAACUCUGCUGCUGGGGUAAUAUGUGCUAUAACCACUGUUGUACAUGUUAUUCAAUUGAUAAUCGAACAUAAAUAUAUAUGGGAGUUUGACUCAGAUUAUAAGUGGUCAACUCCAAUAAUCCUCAGAACACAACUUAUGGGGGUAAUUAUUGGUACAAUUGCCCCCAUUUCCAGAUGUUUUGCAUCCUUAAACUUAAAGUUCUCCAGAAAAUGGAUAUUUAGACAUAUCAAGGUCUUUAAAGUAGAGAGCUACUCUACACAGAAGCUAUACGAUUGGAAACGGAGCAAUAUACCAUUUCCACUCAAAAGCCGGAGAUGCAAAAUUGUCAUUGACAAUCUGAAAGUACUAAUCCUUAGUUUGUGCAUAGGCCUUCAGGUAACAACUGUGGUAUCAUGUAAGAUGGUAUCAUUGAUCCUAAUACCUUUUAUCAUUUGUGUUUUGUUCUGCUCGAAGUGGUUAAAGGCCAUAUUUAGUGCCUUAGGUUUUGUGGCGAAAAAAGAACCUGAACUAUUACAACAAAAUGAAGAUCUAAGGCAGUAUGUUUUGCAACUACAAGAUGAUGUGGAGCUUGCUGAUAGAACAUUGAAAGCCAUGUUAACUUCUGUGAACCACUUGAUCCAAAAAGCCGAAAAGGAAAAACCUGUCUAUCUAUUGAAGCUUCUAGAUGAAUCUAGCGGUUUUGAAGGAGUUGGAAUGCAUGACUUGCAUCAAAUUCCAUCUCUACUUGCAAAAGAAUUUUCAGAUUGUUGGAGCUUAACGGUGGUGACUUUAACAACUAUUGCCAUUUCUCUUCCUAACAUCCAAAAAGACAGAAUUGAUAAGUUGUUGUAUAGUGUGAGUGAAGGUCUCGCAUAUGUCACACUUAUUGAAGAAAGCCUCAAUUCUAGUGAUGAUUAUGUAAACCUUCAAAAGGCUUCUAAAAUGUUGUGGCUAGAAGUUGAAGUGCACUACAAAUGGUUAGGAAACAACCUGCAAAAUGUUGCUACUCAAGUAAAUUCAGUAAAACAAAUUCUUCAAUGGUUCACGGAUACAGCUAAAAACCUGAUCACCAAGGUGGAAAAUACGAAUAUUGAUGUCCCAAAUGAUAACUCCAUCGGCAUGUCUGUUUGUGCCAAUUCAAUGUAUCGUAUCACCCAAGCAAUCUUACUUUCCUACAAUGCCAACAUUGACGAGGUAAGCCAAGAGCAACUAUUUACGAGAUUAUCAUCAAUGAUCUCUGACAUAUUAGCUGCUUGUCUCACCAACUUACCCCAAGUCAUAGCAUUGAAAUGCCACACAAAUGUUAUAGAGAAAAGGGAGGCGAGUGUUCAUGCUGCAGCCCAACUUCUUGGUCAGACUAUGGAGAUAAUCAAUAGCCUUCAAGAUCGCGGACUUCCAAACUUGGAUCCAGCUGACUUGCCAUUCAUUGAAAAGUGGCACAAUUAUUUUAUCCGUCCCAUUCCUUAA